GAUGCUUGAUGUUCUGAUCAGUCUGAUUGAAGUGUAGUUAAUCUUCACUACUUUAGCAGCUUCUAUGGCUGCUGCUAUAUUUAACCUUUCUGAUGGGGGCACACCCAGCAUUCCCAAAUUACUUGCCCACAAGUGUGAGAACUACUUGAUUUUUAGGGGAGAAACUGCUUUAGACAAUGGAAUGCGGGCCUUUCUAUAUUUUCUUGGACUGGCUUAUUGUUUUAUUGGAUUGACCGCCAUAACAGCUCGAUUCUUCCGGUCUAUGGAGAAUAUUGUUAAGCAAACACGGGAAGUGGUGGAGAUUGAUCAAUAUACAAACACUGAGGUUGUUAGACAUGAAAAGGUGUGGAAUUAUGCAAUUGCAGACAUCAGUCUCCUGGCUUUUGGAACUAGCUUUCCACAAAUUUCAUUAGCUACAAUUGAUGCCAUUCGGAGCAUUGGGAAUUUGUAUGCUGGAGGACUUGGACCUGGAACGCUCGUCGGUUCUGCUGCUUUUGACUUGUUUCCUAUCCAUGCUGUUUGUGUUGUUGUUCCUAAAGCCGGUGAAUUGAAAAAAAUAGCUGAUUUAGGAGUUUGGCUGGUGGAGCUAUUUUGGUCAUUUUGGGCCUAUGUAUGGUUAUACAUAAUCCUGGAGGUAUGGACCCCAAAUGUUAUUACCCUAUGGGAGGCACUCUUGACGGUAGUACAAUAUGGUUUACUAUUGCUGCACGCUUAUGCUCAAGAUAAGCGUUUGCCUUAUAUAUCUCUACCUAUGGAAAGAUCUGAGAGGCCAGAAGACUGGGUUCCAGCAGAGGAUGUUUCUUGCAAGCAAGAGAAUGAUACGUUUCAGGAUUGCUCUGAAAUUCUUGAAGAUGGAGGAGACACAAGAAGUAUUGUAGAUAUCUUCUCAAUCCAUUCAGUAAAUGGAGCAGGUUCUCAAUAUCAGCCUAUUCCUUCUAUUCCUUCUUCUGAUUGUGAAUCCUCAGGUAGAAAGAUAGAUGCAGAAUAUAAUGUGCUCUCAAUGUGGAAGCAACAAUUUGUAGAUGCUUUCAUGUUGGAAAGUGCGGAAUCAAGAAAACUGAACAACACUUACGUGAGGCUGGCGAAAUUGCUGUGGCAGUUACUUCUCAUUCCAUGGAGAGUUUUGUUUGCCUUUAUUCCUCCUUAUCAUAUAGCUCAUGGAUGGAUUGCAUUUAUUGGCUCUCUGAUUUUCAUCAGUGGAAUUGCAUACAUUGUGACUCUAAUCACAGAUUUAAUUAGCUGUGUCACAGGUAUAAAUGCGUAUGUCAUAGCUUUUACAGCACUAGCAGCUGGAACCUCUUGGCCAGACUUAGUUGCUAGCAAGAUUGCUGCUGAACGUCAGUUAACAGCUGACUCAGCCAUAGCUAAUAUUACUUGCAGCAAUUCGGUGAAUAUUUAUGUGGGGAUUGGAGUGCCCUGGCUUAUUAAUACACUAUACAACUUCAUUGUAUUCAAGGAACCAUUGAGAAUAGAAAAUGCUGGAGGGCUCAGCUUCUCAUUGCUCAUUUUCUUCUUGACUUCUGUUGGAUGCAUAUCUGUUAUGGUACUUCGACGCAUCACACUGGGAGCCGAGCUCGGAGGUCCACGAUUAUGGGCUUGGUUAACUUCCGUCUACCUAAUGUUGCUUUGGCUAGUUUUCGUUGUGCUGUCAUCCCUCAAAGUUUCAGGAAUCAUAUGAUAUACACUUAUAUACAAAAUAUCAAAGUUUAGGAAUUUGUUAUGUAAAACCAAUUUUUAUUGAUAAUGAAACCUUCCCUUGUAAAAGAGGUAUUUGAAGAGAA